GGGGACAUUGGUGGGGAGAACUCCAGUAUCCCUGACACCCUCACCUACAAGAUGUGCACCCAGCUGCACUUUGAGGAGUUGGAGCUGAAAAUGGAUGAAUUUUGGAUCAUCCACCAGUUGGAGGGGGUGAUAGAUAUGACAUGAAGAGAGGUUAAAAAUGACAAGGAAUUUGCCUACGGGAAUCUCGAACACAACACGCUAGUUUUGCUGUCUCUGUCCAGAUAUUUAAGAAGUGGAGCAAGAGAUUCACUCGAUCAUCCUUCCUGCUCAGACUGUGGGGAGGGAUUCACUCGAUCAUCUGACCAACUGACAAGCCCAUUAGUUUACAUGGGGGGAGCCCAUUCAUCUGCUCAGACAGUGGGAAUGGAUUCACUCGGUCAUCUCAACUGAAGGUACAUCAGCAAGUUCACACUGGGCAAGGCCAUUCACCUGUUCUGUGAGUGAGAAAGGAUUCAGUUGGUCUUCCCACCUGCGGACACACCAGUCAGUUCACACUGGGCAGAGGCUGGUCAUCUGAGGAAUUUGUGGAGAAGGAUUGACUCGGUCAUCUGUCCUAAUGGCUCACAAGCGAGUUCACACCGGGGAGAGGCCGUUCACCUGCUCAGACUGUGGGAAAGGAUUCACUUCCACAUAUAAGUUACUGAGACACCAGUCAGUUCACACUGGGGAGAGGCCAUUCACCUGCUCAGUCUGUGGGAAGGGAUUCGCUCAGACAUCUCAACUGAAGGUACAUCAGCGAGUUCACACUGGGGAGAGGCCAUUCGCCUGCUCGGACUGUGGGAAGGGAUACGCUCAGUCAUCUCAACUGAAGGAACAUCAGCAAGUUCACACUGUGGAGUGGCCAAUCACCUGCUUGGACUGCGGGAUAGGAUUCGCUUCGUCAUCCCAUCUGAAGAUACAUCAGCGAGUUCACACUGGUGAGAGGCCGUUCACCUGCUCAGACUGUGGGAAGGGUUUCACUUCGUCAUCCCAUCUGAAGGUACAUCAGCGAGUUCACACUGGGGAGAGGCCAUUCACCUGCUCAGACUGUGGGAAGGGAUUCAUUUCAUCAUCCCAUCUGAAGGUACAUCAGCGAGUUCACACUGGGGAGAGGCCAUUCACCUGCUCGGACUGUGGGAAAGGAUACUCUCAGUUAUCUCAACUGAAGGCACACCAGGGAGUUCACACCGGAGAGUGGCCAAUCACCUGCUCGGACUGCGGGAAGGGAUUUGCUUCGUUAUCCCAUCUGAAGAUACAUCAGCGAGUUCAUACCGGAAAGUGGCCAAUCACCUGCUCAGACUGUGGGAAGGGAUUCCCUUCGUUAUCCCAACUGAAGAUACAUCAGCGAGUUCACACUGGUGAGAGACCAUUCACCUGCUCAGACUGUGGGAAGGGAUUCACUCGUUCAUCCCAUCUGCAGAUACAUCAGCGAGUUCACACUGGGGAGAAGCCGUUCACCUGCUCAGUCUGUGGGAAGGGUUUCACUUCAUCAUCCCAACUGAAGGUACAUCAGCAAGUUCACACUGGGGAGAGGCCGUUCAAUUGCUCAGAGUGUGGGAAGGGAUUCACUCGGUCAUCCCAACUACUGGCACACCAGCAAGUUCACACUGGGGAGUGGCCUUUCACCUGCUCAGAAUGUGGGAAAGGAUUCACUAAGUCAUCCAUCUUACUGGUACAUCGGUGGCUCCCGUUUUUCGGACGUUCGCUUUACGACAGCUCACUGUUACGAAAGACCUACAUUAGUACCUGUUUUUGCUAACCAAAGAGGAUUUUCACUUUUAUGAUAAAGAUGAUGACUGCUUUAUACGUGAG